CUCACACACCCCGUAGCCAUUUUGGCUCAAGACGUUUUGGCUCGAGCUCGAGCUCGAGGGGCAAAGCACCCUGCGCUGCAUAAGAAGACCCCCGCCUCCCGAGAGCUCUGAAAGAUGGCGAGUCCCGCGCGCAUCCGGCUCCCGGCCAUCGGCGAGCAGCUCAGGAGACCAAGGCCGGCGUUGGCGUGGGUGGAGGUGACCAGCCCGACGGCCGCGCCGAGGCCGAGGCAACCUUCGAUUCCUCGCGGGGACCCCUGCGCGGCGGCAAGGGCGCUCCAGUGCGCCGUUCUGGGCAGGCCGUCCGCCGGCCGUGGGGACGCCCUGCCGCGCUUUGACGCUCUCGGCCCCCUCAGGGUUCGCAGGCCCGUUGGGCUCAAGCUCCCUGAGCCCCUGGCUCCGUGGACUAUUGACGACCUCCCCGAGCUGCAGAGGCUCGUCAUGGGGGUCUCCGGGCCCCGCCCCGGCAACAGCACGUCGGGCCGGCGCGUGGCCGAGGCGUUCACGGCGCCCGAGCUGCCCAAAAUGGAGCCCGCCGCCAGCGCGGCAACGAGCGGCCAGACGAGCGACACGGAGUCGACCUCCGACUUCUCCGAGCGGUCCCCGAGUCCUGGCGAGGCGGGCACCAGGCUCCGUCGGACCAGCGCGAACGCCCGCGAGGACGAGCGGCCCCCCUCUCGGCGACGGCAGGCCCGGCCGACCUCGGCGACUUCGACGGCGAGCCCCUUCGGCCUGAGUCAGACGGCCCCGCCCACGCGCCCGCGAGGGGAGGUGCCUGGCGGGGCCCGCCCUGGCUGCGCCGGGAGGUCGAUGUCGGCGAGGGGCAGCAGGCUCCCGCGCUCGUCUGGCGCCUGAGAGGCCCAGGCCUGGGAGGGGAGUUCGCGGCGGGGCCCCCAGUGGCCAGCGCACCGUUGAGAGACGGCCUGAUCACCGCGCACUGCUGAGAGACGGCCUGGUCCGGCCGACGGGCCGAUGAACGUGGCCAAUGCCGCUGGGGACUGGCCCUCGUGGAGGAGGAGGAGGAGCAUUGGACAGGCCGUUGUGCAGGUCCUGCCGGCUGUCGUGCAGAAUUAAUCGGUGUACUCUUGUAACGUGACGGAGUCCCUCUCCCAGAUGCCAGUUCGUGUUACAAUUCCUACGCCCUUCUCCCUCCUCCUCUGCUGCGUGGUCCCCUGAGCUCGGUGCUGCACAUUGUCUCAAGGCGAUUUGCCAGUCAUUGUUCUAGUGAGCUGACGACGGAGAGAUUUUCCUCCACACUCCAUGUGCGUAUGGCCCAGGGCCGUUGUGUCACGGCGGAUUCACCCCCGCACCAAUCGCGAGUCAAUGCCCAACGCAGCAUGCGCAGGGCGCUCGGGCCCCGCUCGGGCAGCACACGCCCGCCGGGAGCUCCACGGGCCAGGGGUCGGCACGGUCGGCACGGAGGAGUGUUUGGCCCGCUGUCUGACGCGGCGUGGUGUACCCUCCACGGGAGGAUCUGAUUUCUCGCAAGCGGGGGCGACGGGGGGAGUGCCGGCGGGUGGGGGGAGUCGGGUCUGUGCAAUUCGUGCGGUCGUUCAUCGAUUCGCCAAGGCCGGCCAAAUGGUAUGGGAAGCUCCCAUGAGUUGCCACCGAAAAUUCAGCGCGUGGCAUAUUUUUUCUAUGGCUGUAUCAUCAUUCCAUCUCAGUUGGCGCAAUCGAAGUCAUCUAUUGUCGUGCAUGUUUCGAGGAGGUUGGCUUUUGUAGGUGAUAUGCAUGCAGAGAUCGAAGCCUACACAGCCAUGCCCUGCAGCUGCCGCACUGAAUCUGCACAAUGUUCAGCAGUGUUGACAGCUUCGCGUCCUCCUUUUGAUUGCCCACGCGUCCGUCCAGAUGCUCGGCUCUGCGAAUACGCGCCAAAAUUAAUGUCCAGGCAUCCUUGGGAUACAGACAUGGCUCGGUCCACAUUUUUUUAUAGCGCUGACAGGGAUCUCUUUCCAUCAGUUGGAAAGUCGGUGGUUUCUUUUCACGUGCGCUUGUAUCUUGGAUUGGUAUACUUGACAUUGGAGAUGUCAGCUCUGAUUCGUCGUGCGUGUGACGCACAGGCCGAUACAUGCUGAGGGCCGUAUACAGAAACCGAAGCCUACAGCAAUCGCCGCGAACAAUCGAAGAGCAAACAAAAAA